AUGACGGAGAACAAGACUUUAGCAGGCCAGAAGGCGGAUAUCGACACACUAAUCAUUGGAUCUAGACGGCAAAAAGCGGACUUGAGACGCAAAUGCCCAGCUUGCAAGCAGCUAUUACCUCCCCACUCCACGAAGGACGACAUCCGAAAGCACGUCCAGGAGAACCAUCACGAACUCAGUGACGUGGACCAAACAAAUUUAAUCGAUAAAAUCUUAUUUCAAAUUAAAGACCGACGCGACCCCCUGCCAACAGCCACACCUCAACCUACCGGAACCCAUGCCGCCUCAGAGCUAUCCCAACCGAUCUCCAAUACCGCCGUUGUUGGCAAUUUAGAGUCUUCUAUACUUCAACCCACUUCGGAAGGGGAUCAUAGCCGGAAGUUGAAGAGUCCUGCCUCGAACCGAAGUCUCAAAAGAGACAAUGACGAGUCGUCCCUCCCUCCUAAACGAAGUCGAGCUCGCGCCCCUAUUCAACCUGGCAAUGCUAGCCGGGCGCCCGAUAGCGAGUUUCGAAGAGAGCCCACGCAGAAGGCAGGGAAGCUAUGGUCUCCUGAAGAGGAGCCCCUGAAAAGGAAAGACAAUACAGAGUCGCCAAAGCCUUCGACGACUCGCUCUUUUGAGCCCCGCAGCCCUGAGGUUGACCAAACGGAAGUGUUGAUCAAGCAGCCAGAAACGCGUCCUAUCUCUCAGGAGCAACUGGUUGCUGAGGUCAAAGUUCAACGACAGAGUCAAGUCCGAAACUGA